AUUUAUUAUAGAGGCGUUCUUGCAUUUAGUAUCAACUUUGUGAAUUUAAGAGAGGGAUUAUAAAAGGAAUAAGUUUGAUUGAAAGUAGAUGCAGUUUGAAAUCAUGGCCAGCAAAAUAACUUGGACUUUUCUGUUCGCGAUAGCUGCCCUCCAACUUUCGCUCGCAGCUCCUCCCAUAAACAAAUGGCAGUUGCAAUUUGAAGUGUCCAAUGAACUCUUUCAAAUGGUAACAGAUGCCAUGGAACAGCUAAGAAAAGUCUUCCAACUGGUCAUCGACGAAGCUGAACUUAUUUUACCACCGGACUCCAAUGGAAACAUUCUCAAGGAGCUCAAGGAGUUUGUCGCGGCCUUGGACACACUGGACUUCGAUGAUUCGUUUGAGCUGAACAGACUGGAAGACGCUCUUGAGGAAUUGGAAAGCAUCAUUUCGAUUGCAGGCAGCAAAGAAUUCGAAUCAGAAGCUGACGAGGUUGUGGUCCAGCUAUUCAUACAGCAUGGAGUUGAGGACCUGGAGCAUAUACUGGAAAAAAAUUUGGAAACUACUCUGAAAUCAGUCGAGCAGAAGGUGGAGAAGUACAUGAGCACAUGGUCCGACAGUCGGUUGGCUAGAAACUCGGACUUAGUUAAGCAGUUUAAUGAAUUUAAGAACGAGAAGGAUGUCUAUGAGAAGCUGGAUAAGCUAUCCAAUUCUGAUUUCAUUUAAAUAUAAAUAUUAUGUUUCAA